AUGUAUGAGUACAUGGAUGAACUACCUGCUAUUCAGUUAUCCGAUCUAAAUGAAUUUAUCACAUGUAAAUUAUGUAAAGGUUAUUUAAUUGAUGCUGUUUCAAUAACUGAAUGUCUCCAUCCAUUUUGUAAAUCUUGUAUAGUAAAGUAUUCAGAAGAAAAACGUGAAUGUCCUGUUUGCGGAAUUCUUAUUCACCAAAGUCAUCCAUUAAAUUAUAUGAGUUUUGAUCGUACUCUUCAAGAUAUCGUGUAUAAAAUUGUUCCAGAUUUAAGACAAAAAGAGAGACGACGUCGUGAGGUCUUCUAUAGAUCACUUGGAAAAACUCCACCUCCCUCAGAAGAUUUAGGCAAAGAAAAUCAUGUGUUGGGUAACAAAAAAAAUAGCACCACAAACACAGCUCCAUCUGAUUCUGACGGAUUAACUUCAAAUUUUGAUCCGGAUUAUCAUCGUACAGAUGAACAGGUCAAUAUACAACUUGAGCCAGGAUCUGAUAAUUUGGAACCAUUAACAGAAAAAUAUUUACGACUUUCAUCGAGGGCCACAGUGACACAUUUAAGAAAAUAUGUUGCACAACAAGUUCUUCAUGAUAUAUCUAAAUUUCAUGAAAUUGAUAUUUUUAUACAAAACAAUGAAGAUGGUACUUUUCUUGGCCGUGAUCAUGUAUUGAAAUUUGUUCGGGUUGUUUAUUGGAAUAACGUUGAACCGAUGCCAUUGCAAUAUCGUUACAGUAGAAUGAUUUAUUAA